UGUCAGCGCUGCUGGCGCCUACCUGCUGAUCUCCCACAUCACGCCGGGACAGCGAGACCGCGGGGCCCGGGGACCGAGACCAGGAGGCCGAGCCGAAAUGAACUCGACGGCCGCCGCGGCGGAGGGCGUCGCCGCCUUCGGCUGGCUGAACCACGCUGUGUUUGCCGUCAUGAUGGUGGCGUCGACGACGCUGGGGGUGCUGAUAGGCGUGUUCGCCAAGCAGAGCACCGAGGUGGACUACCUGCUGGGGGGACGCGCCAUGAGCACCCUGCCCGUCGCCGUCUCCCUGGUCGCCAGCCACGUCUCGAGCAUCACCAUAAUGGGCGUGCCGACGGAGGUGUACCUGUACGGCACUCAGAUAUGGAUGACCGCCGCGGGCUGCAUCCUCACCGGCCUGGCCAUCGAGUUCGUGUACCUGCCCGUCUUCUACUCGCUGCAGAUCACCUCCACGUUCGAGUACUUGGAGAGACGAUUCAACAGGCAGGUUCGCGUGAUGGGGUCAUUCCUCUUUAUUCUGACCUCAGUGACGUCGCUCCCAAUUUUGGUGUACAUUCCAUCACUAGCCUUCAGCCUUGUUAGCGGAGUGCACGUUUACAUAGUCACUGUCGUCGCGUGCAGCCUCUGCAUGUUUUACACGAUGCUGGGCGGGCUGAAGGCCGUGGUGUGGACGGACUUCGCGCAGUCAUUCGUCACCGUCGGCGCAUGCGUCGCGGUGCUCGUGCUGGGAGCGGACACCGUGGGCGGGCCUGGGCAGGUCUGGAAGACCAACUCUGAAGGAGGACGCAUAGAGUUCUUCAACAUGGACCCCAGCCCCUUCGUCCGCAACAGCUUCUGGACGGUGACGCUGGGCGUCACGGUGAGCUGGAUAUGCUACGCGGGCGUGAACCAGGGCAUGGUGCAGAAGUUCCUCGCUCUGCCGACCCUCAGGGACGCCAGGCAAUCCCUUAUCAUUUUCACCGUUGGUAUCAUCCUGAUGAACUCGUUGGCGUGUUUCACGGGACUUGUCGUGUAUGCAACGUUCCACGACUGCGAUCCUAUAGGAACAAAGGCUGUGUACAGACCCGAUCAAAUCCUCCCGUUCUUCGUCAUGGAAACGGCAGCGAACAUACCGUGUUUGCCAGGGCUAUUUAUGGCGGGUAUUUUUAGCGCAUCGUUCAGCACUCUCUCGAGCAACCUGAACAGCCUGGCGGGCGCCAUAUUCGAGGACUUCGUGAAGCCGGCGAUAGAGGGCUCCAGGUGCGAGAGGCACGGGAACCUGAUCCUCAGGGUCUUGGUGGUCGCCCUCGGACUCGCCAGUCUGCUGCAGGUGUUCGUCGUCGAGAGGAUGGGCGGCGUGCUGGAGGUUGUAUACACCCUCCAAGGAGUAUCUUCCGGAACUCUAGUUGGGGUAUUCUCUAUCGGCAUGCUAUAUCCCUGGGCCAAUCACAAGGGCGCGCUGUGGGGCGCUGCGGCGAGCCUGUCGGGAGUCAGCUGGAUCGUGGUGGGGGCGAAGGUGGCCGCCGCGCGCGGGAGCCUCGAGUACCCCUGGCUGCCGCUGUCCACCGACGGCUGCGUCGACCUCGACGUCGCCGCCAACUUCACCGUGACGCCCGGCGCCGCGCACAGGCGAGCGACGACGGCCACGGACACGGACGUGUUCUGGCUGUACCAGCUGUCCUACAUGUACUACUCGGUGGCGGGCGCGCUGCUGGUGUUCCUGGUGGGAGUGCCGGUCAGCCACGCGACGGGAGGCUGCGACCCGGCCUCGCUGGACCCCAGGCUGCUGGCGCCCUUCCUGCGCCGCCGCCCCCAGCCCGCCCCCGCGCCCCACGAGACGGAGAUGUUGGUCGUCCGCAAGCGGCUCCCCUCGAGAUGACCUCGUCCCCAAACACACGAACAUGGUCUUCUCUCGCUGAGCUGUCUCCGGGGAAAAAUCAUCCCACGGAAAUACAUAACAAAUUAAUUUUU